AUGGCCGCGGCGGGCGGGCGGCGGCGCGCGUGCGCGUUGGGCCCCGGGCCUGCGGGCGGGAGGCGGGGACGGUGGGGGAGGGGAGCGGGCUGGAGCGCGGCGGAGCUCCUGCCGCCGCCGCAGCCGCUGCCGCCGCAGCGAAGAGGCCAUGUUGUGUGGUGUGUGGGGCGGGGGGAGGAGGAGGAGGGAGUAAAGCCUAGAGAGGAGACGGGAGAGAGACACCACACACACGGCACAAGAUGGCCGGAGAGGCAGCAGCACCCCGAGCUGUCAGGCGUUCCGCCGCGGCCGCGAGGCCCGCCGGCCGGCGGGGAGCUACGCCCGGACGGCCAGCAGGCCCGCGGGAGUGGGGCUGCCGCGGCUGAGGCGAGGCGGGCCGCGCGCGUCGGCGUCACAGCCCGCGGCAGAGGCGCCCAGGGCGGCCGGGCCCACGACGCCGAAAGCGCCGCUGCGGUUGCCGCCUCGGAGGCUCCCCCGGGCCCCGGCGGCUGGACCCGGCGCGGGCGGGAGGCUCGGGCGGGCGGUCCGGCCCGGGACUCGGGUUUGGGCGACCAGGAGGUGCCGGUGGCCGCGCUCGGACCCGGUUCUCCAACGGAGGAGCUUUUUAACCUCUUUCCGGUGAGGUGGGAACUCAUCUUCAUGAUCGAAUUUAAAAGAACAAUGGAACCCUGACUACGUUUCAACAAAAAUAAAACUUGUUUUUUUCCCUCCUAUUGGGUGUUGGCUUUUAACUCUUUCAAAGCCGAUUUUGAAACGGCUGCAGUGAUACAUGCGAAGGUGACUUAAGAGAUUAAAAUUAAUUUGGUUGCUGAUGGUUCUGAACAAAUAAUGAGUUCUUUUAUUUGAGGUAUGCCAUUUUGAAGACUGAGACAUUGGAGUUUUAUCCUAGAGGAUAAAGGAAAUCUUUGGCAAAGUCAGUAUUUUAUAUAGCAAAAAUAUGAACCUCAAACUGAAUCCUCUAAAGGCCCCAUACAAUGAAGUAGACAUUGGUGGAAGCAUUUACACCCAGUCAGCUUGAAGAGUUUCAAAUGGACCCUACCACUGAGAAAUCAAGAUGGCAGUCUACUAUGGGGAAUUGAGGAAAAUGGAUUAAUACAAGAGUCCUGUGAUAAUAUACAACCAAGACAGGGUUCUUUUAACAUGGAUUCCAUGCAGUGAAUGAAGACAUAGGUUUCUUACCCAACACAAAUGGACAGUGGAUUUGACUUUCUAAAGACUUUUUUUUGUGGACAUUUUGACAUUUGGAGAAGAAAGAUGGCACACUAACCCAGAUAAUAGUUUUUAUGCCUGGAAUUUUUUGCAGUUUGAUUUGUAUGCGUAUGACCUCUUGAAAUGUUAAUUUUUAAUAAAAUUUGUAACACUUAAAAA